AUGGCAGAAGAUGAAGAAAAUAAAAGGCCUAUGGUUGCUGCUGCCCAGAAGGGGCCGGCGCCGAACGCUUACGGGCUGCCGCCGCUGGUGGGCUACGACAACCAUGACGUCACCAAACAUCGGAUGCCCGCAUACACCAUGCGGAAGGCGCUGAAGAGGGCGGUGUGGCGCCUGGGCCCAGGGCCGAAGUACGCCUUCCAGAGGAACCUCACACGCUACGGGCCCAACGGCACGCCGCAGUACUCCAUGGCCAAAAAGAUACGCCCACUGCCGCGCCUCAACGUACCGGGCCCCCCCGCCUACUUGACGGAGGAGGUGCCGCCGAUGCGGACGGACCGCGCGCCGGCCUACAGCCUGGGCGACCGCACCAAGCUGCGCAGCGAGGACUUCAACCCGGCGCCCAACAUUUACGUCAUGCCCGAAUACCUGGGGCCCAGCCAGCCAAUCAAGACGUCGGCACCCGCCUACACAAUAUUAACAACCCAGUGGUUCAAGUUGCCAUGAGUUCGUGUUAACAGUGCUGACACAUUUUGCAAUGUGUGUGGAGAAGUGACAUUUGCAUCACAAAUACAGCAAAUAACUAUAUUGAUUAAAAAAAAAGCUUACAGUUGUUGUUUUGGGUGUAAAGUAGGUGAUCAGGAAGUAUGGGAAUAUUUUAAGACAGUCUUUUUACAGUGCUUAGGGAACAAACGAGCAAUAAAUUGCAAGGAGAUUGUAGAUAACAUGUCAUCUUAUGAAAAAACUUGGUUGCAACAUGUCACUGAAAAUGUAUUUCUUACAUAGUCAUCUUGACUUCUUCCCAAAGAUUGUGGUGCAGUAAGUAAUGAACAUGGGGAGCGAUUUCAUAAAGAUAUUGCCACAUUUGAGAAGAGGUAUGCCAGAAAGAGGAGCCCCAAUAUUUUAGUGGAUGACUGCACGAUUGUCAUAAGUGAUGUUCCCGAGUAUGUGUAUAAACGUCAAGCCAGGCAAAAACGGUCAUCUUCUGAAUUUAUCUCUGAACAAAAUAUGUAAUUGUAUAUACUGUACGUUAUGGAAAUUUAACAUUUAUAAUCCCUUAUAUACAUU